GUGCUGUGCAUCGCUCUCUCCAGAGGGCGUGUGUCUUGCUUCGACCUCCUUGCGUUCUGUGCUGCGUGUUUCUCUCUUUGACUUUCCAUCGCAGAGAUCUCCCACAUUUCUAUCUUGACCUGUUUACAACCAACUCCCGUUUCAUAGUAGCUAUCCAUGCCACCGGCCGAUGAUUGUUGAUUACACCCAAGCGGCAAUUGAUUGACAACGACAAACCCCAUUCAGCCCCCUGGAGGAUCGCACCUGCUAUUGGAUCCAAGGUACCUGGAUCUCCCUGCCCACGGGAAAGGACAACCACCCGGUGCACGGGGGGCCACCACGAAGCUAGCAGCGACGACCUGCCCGCGGUUGUCUUGUUUGGCCCUGCCCUUUCUACUCGACGACAGCCUCAAGAUGGCCCUAGAUCCCCGGGUUUACCACCAUCUCGGCUACGGCCUCGGGCCCAGCUCCCCGUCUUCGGUCACGUCAUCCGCCAUGUCCGCCAUCACAGGUAUCAGCAGCCCUCCCUCUCACGCGAUGACCGCAUCUGCCGCCAUGCUACGAUCGACCGCUUCAAGUCCCUCGCUGCGCGCUCGUGGAAGUGCGCCCGUCGCCGCUCGUCGAGUUGAUGGCCUCUCCAGUCCCUCACCCGGGGGUAACGUCCGUGUUGUCGUCCGAGUGCGCACGUUUCUGCCAAGAGAAAUUGAACGCAAAGCUCAAUGUUUGAUCUCCAUGGAUCCGCACACCCAGACAACCAAGCUACGGGCACCUCGAAUACACCCGGAUGAGGACGGAAAGCCCAAAUUGCAGGCGCGCGGAAAGGUGCAAGAGGACAAGUCGUUUGUGUUUGACAACUCGUUCUGGUCACACAACACCAAAGAUGACCAUUAUGCGACGCAGGAGGAUGUCUACAACUGCCUGGGGGAGGAGUUUCUGGACCACAACUUUGAAGGAUACCACACAUGUAUCUUUGCGUAUGGGCAGACAGGAUCGGGGAAGAGUUAUACCAUGAUGGGGACGUCGGAGCAGCCCGGCUUGAUCCCGCGGACCUGUGAGGACCUGUUUCAACGAAUCGAAAAUGCCGAAGCCCCGGAUAUCAGCUACAAUGUUCGUGUCUCCUACUUCGAAGUCUACAACGAGCAUGUGCGCGACUUGUUGGUGCCGCGCACGGAGCCCCCGCACUACCUCCGCAUCCGCGAAUCGCCCACGGAAGGACCUUAUGUGAAGGACUUGACGGAGGUGACGGUGAAGGACUACCAGGAAAUUAUGCGAUUCAUGCGCAAAGGAGAUAUGUCCCGCACGGUGGCGAGCACUAAGAUGAACGAUACCUCGUCGCGGUCGCAUGCGGUGUUUACGAUCACCCUCAAGCAGAUUCACCACGACCUGUCGACCGACGAGACUACCGAGCGUACGGCACGGAUCCGGCUGGUCGAUCUGGCGGGAUCGGAGCGAGCCAAGUCCACCGAGGCGACUGGCCAGCGCCUCCGGGAGGGAUCCAAUAUCAAUAAGUCGUUGACGACACUGGGGCGGGUAAUUGCGGCCCUAGCUGAUCCGCAACAAGGCCGUCCAACCAAGCGCAAGGGCAAGGAUAUCGUUCCGUAUCGAGAUUCGAUCCUGACUUGGUUGCUGAAGGACAGUCUCGGUGGCAACUCAAAGACUGCAAUGAUCGCGUGCAUCUCGCCCUCCGACUACGAGGAAACCUUGUCCACACUCCGAUAUGCAGACCAGGCCAAGCGGAUCCGCACGCGUGCUCGGGUCAAUCAGGAUCACCUGUCUGCUGCGGAACGCGACAAGCAGAUUGCGGAGAUGGCCGAGACUAUCCGCACGCUGCAGCUCAGUGUCAGCCAAGCGACCGCCAACCGGCGGGAGAACGAGAUUCAAAACGAGCGGCUCGAGGAAUACCAGCAAAAGGUGGAGAAACUGCAGCGGCUAAUGGAGGAGACCAAGAUGGUCAGCGAGUGCAAGAUCCGCCAGCUGCAGACGGAGAAUGAGGCUUUGCGAAACCACCUCAAACUGGCGUUGGAUAGUAUCCGGAACCCCAUUCCGCCGGUGAUUGUGCCCGAACGGCGGAGCAGCCUGUACAGUGUGAAUCAACCCGAUGGCUCCCCGUCAACGCACAAGCGCUACGAUCGGGCCCUGUCCCCAGCACCCACAUCCGAAGACGAUUCGGAGGCCCACUCAAUAUGGAAGGAAGAAGGCACGCCAGAAAGUGAUGAGAAUGCGAGUCAUGUGGAGGCACACCAGAUGCAGGCACACAUGGAAGACUUACUGGAAGACCUGAGUGUGUUCAAACGCAAACUGGCGACAGAUCAUGAGCGAUUCCGACCAAUUCAAACAGCAAAGAAAGACGGGAAGAGCCGACGAGCCUUGGGCGCCAUCUGGGGGAAUAAUCGGUGAUUUCCAUUCUGGAAACCAGGCUUGGGUGGCUAUUGUGGGAUUUGCCAGGCGUUAUGCGGAUUGGUGCUGGACUAAAUGGUAAGAUGGUAGGGAGGAAUCCGACAGCCUCCGGGUUGUUCUGCGAUGUAUUUGCUAUUGGCGUGAUGUCAUUCGUUUGCUGUGUUUUUGUUUCAUGGAUGCCACGAUGGAACGAUUUGUACGUAUUGGUGGGAGAUCCGACGCAGAUAUCCGCCAGACCCCGCCACGAUGAGAUGUUUGAUGCCCGAAUGAGCUGUGAAAUUUUAAAAAGGAAGUGUUGACCAGAGAAGCCUAUAUUGUAG